AUUUAUGUUUGAUUCUCUGCAAAAUUUGACCCCCAUCUUCAUUUCAUUGUCAGCAACAUCAAAACGCGCCACACUCUCCCUCUCCCUCUCCCAUCUCCUCCGAAUCCAAUCAAAACCCAUUUCCACAACCCAAAACCCAUCAUGAAUCACCCAAAUUCAACCCUAAUUCUCCUCUCAAUCGCCCUCACUUUCUUGAUCAUCAAGGUCGACGCAUCGCAGCCGUCCAUUUACGAUCACCUGAAAUCCAACGGCCUCCCCAUGGGACUCUUCCCCAAGGGCAUCAAUGAUUAUUACGUGGACCCCGCUUCAGGCUUCUUCCAAAUCAACUUGACUCAGCCCUGCAACGCCAAGUUCGAGAAUCAGCUUCACUACGAUUUUAAUGUGUCCGGGCAGUUGAGUUUCGGGAAGAUCGGGGAAUUAUCCGGUGUGACGCAGCAAGAACUGUUUUUGUGGUUCCCCGUUAAGGGGAUACGUGUCGAUGUCCCGAGCUCUGGGUUGAUUUACUUCGAUGUUGGGGUUGUUGACAAGCAGUUCUCGCUUUCGUUGUUUGAGAAUCCUCGUGAUUGCACGGCCGUUGAUCCUGAUGAUCAUCACGAUCAUGAUGAUGACGAUCAUGGUUCUAAGGAUAAGAACACGAGUCUGGGGUCUGAAGUUGGUCAGGGAGACAAACUAAGGGCUGUUUCAUAGAUUUCAAGGGCUGAGUUAUUAUUCAUGAUCCCAUGGGUUUUUGCUAUUGCCUGAAGAGACUGCUGGAGAGUCUAUUUGGCAAAUUAUAUGCUUCCGUUACGUGUGCUUGUUUUCUUUGUUGUACAGACCUUUUGGCCCGAUGGUGCUAUCUUUGCGGGGUAAAAGAACUACAAUUUUGGUAAAUGAAGAGUAAAAGUUAUAAAAGUUAUAAGGUAAUGUAAAUUUGGGAUGAGGUUUCAAUGGGGGUAAAAUUGGUCGGGCUGGUUCUGGGUCUGGCUAUAAUAAAUUCACUAGAAAUCUCUCCUUUUUGUUGUUAUUUGUUAUCAUACCAUAUGCAUAUAAAUCGGUUGUGGUAUUGUGUAUUUUUUUUCUUCUUUCGUAUUUUUUAUGUAAAUGGAAGGAUUUGUCAAUGUCUUUGUAUUUUCAUUUUA